UACCGCAUUUCAUUCAGCUCAUUUCUUCAUCAGCUAUGUUUUGAGCGUCUGCUCUGUACUAGGCAAAGUGAGAGGAACAAAAAGCAACCAAAUGUUGAAAAGGAGAGAACAGUUCACACCUCACGUAGAAAGCAAAACAUGCCUCCAGGGUUGAGAGAGAAGGAGAGGUUAAGUAUGUCAUGAUUUUUUUUUUUUUUGAGCUGUACUUUCUACAAUAAAUUGUACUGCCUAAAAAUCUAUACCAGUAUUCAUUUAUGUAGCAAAUCCCAUUGUAGUGAGAAGUCCUGUUAUCUAUGAUUGGGACAAGCAUCAUUUAGAACACAAUUUUAGGGCAGCAGAAGACUUUGGACCAUCCCUUGGAGUGAGUUGAAGUGGGAUUUGACCUAUAUAUCAAGCUUUUCCUUGAUAUUUUUCAUUUCCAUGUGUCAACAAAUACUUGACUUGAUACUAAAGCCAGUUAAAUCAAUAUUUCUUGCUGUAGUCAGGUACAGCAACAUAUAACCAAGGGCAACAUACCCCCACCAGCCGUAUUCUGUUAGGUACAUGUAUUUUAUCCUAAACCUACUUGACUGAACUACUUUCACAUGAAUAGGAUGAAAAUAUCAACAUAACUACCAUUAAAAAAAGAGAAAAGCCAGAGAAUCCCUGAUCUAGUCCCUCGCCCUUCAUUUAAGCAAUCCCAUAGUUUAUUUUGCUCACUUUCAUCAUAAGGAAUGACAAUAUGGAAAAGAUCUUGAUUGUGGUAGCUGUGGUUUCUUUCUCUUUUCUCUAAAGUGUUCACUGUAACCCAUUCUCCCAACUCCCAUCCCAACCAGAGGAUUUCUGAACACAGCCGCAAAGUGGCAAAUACCAGUAAACCCAAGAGUCUCAGACUGUAGGAAUCUAAUCAAUGUGAUGAAAGGGAGAGUGAGGUGGAAGCCUCUUACUUACCCUUUUUCUGAACUUUUAAUUGCUAGAAAUUUUCUGAAAAUUAUGUAGUAAAAACUCAGUGUUUCCAUAAACAAACGGCCUGAAGCAUCAAUUUAUAAACACCAACAAAUUUAUUUACUGUUAUUAGAAGAGCCUAACUUCUCUUGCCUGUGUACUGUAAAUGGAAGAGUGACUGUCAUUUAUUGGGCUCCUACUCUGUGCUAAGCAUUUACAACAUCUCACCUCUAACAGUCAAAAUGAUGCUUUAAGCACGUAUUAUUAUUUCCAUUUCAUGUUCAACUUCGGCUGCUGAGUAACUUAACUGAAGGCACCAAGCUAGAAAGGGUGUAAGCAGGGAUUUGAACCCAAGUUUGUCUGGUUCCAAAGCCUUUUCACUUUUUACAUCAGGAAUCUUGAGAGUGUAAAAAGAUUUUUUUUUCAAAUUGUUAAAGUUACACGUGCUCAUUAUAGGAAGUUUGGAAAGCAGACAAAAUUAUAAAGAAGAAAAAAAUCACUCAAAUUCUUCACCCCGGGGAUGAUCACUACUAAAAUUUUAUUUUAUUUUUCUUUCUAGGCUUAAGAAAGCUAUAGUUUAUAUAUCCAAGAGGGUAUUGUUCCUCAGAGCUGUCAUCCUUGAAGUUUAUUCAUGUUCUCUAACAAUGUUGCCAUUGCUGAAAGCAUUUUUGAGGACAAUUUAGGAAUUAAAUUCUCUGUAGACUCCCAUGCACUGGGUACUUCGGUAGAGACAUAGCAAAGAGGGAGUAUCCAUUACCUAAAUACCUGUCAAAAGAAUACAUUUUUAUGUUCUACCUUUUUGUGCCUUCUAAUGUUAUAUACUGCAAAUAUUUGACCAUCCUGUAAAGAAUACCCUCAUUGCCCUCUCUAAGAACCAUAAACAUCUUCUGCAACUUCAAUUGUGGUAGGAGAUGGAAUUUACCAAAAUGCUGCUUCCUCCCAUGUCAAAGAUUGAUGGACAUUUUGGCUUAUGUUUAAAAGUCUUUAUUAAAAAUUAAAUCAAUAAAUGUUUAAUGUCUCAUUUGACAACUCAUGUUAUUUGUUCCAUUGUCCACAACAAUGUUUGCCUUUUGUGGUACAUAAAGAAAAUCAAAGAAUUGUUUUUGUCAGAGUUGGAAAAGCACAUUUUAAAAUCAAUUUCUUUUUAAUGGAAGUGUUAUACUCACUGAAUUAUUUCCCUCCAAGGAGUUUCUGUAAAAGCAAAUAUAUCUUAAGUGUGAUGAACUGAUCUUUAAAUACAGUCGGUAGCAUCUUUUGUCGAAGGGUUUCGCAAAGAAGCAGGCACGCGUGCGCACUCACACACACAUACAUAAAAGAUCGCUAUCAAAAUGGCCAUUGGUAUACUUUAUCAAAGUGAAGAACGUCAAGUAAUUAAGUGCCGGCUGAGUUCUCAUCUCUUUGGUUUAUUGCACACAACACUAUUACUUUCAGAAAACAAACCUAACCCUCAGCUCAAGCAUCUCCCUGGUUGUCUGGCUUGUGCCUUAUUUUUCACAGACAUUCUUAUCUGCCCCAUAAGGUUAGCAUGCCACCCCCUUCCCAGAUUGCCGGGCACCUGGGACACCGGGACCCUGGGUCCUAAGAUUGGUGCAGAGUCCUUCGGGGCCACACCCAGAGCCCCGAUGGGGGCCCACCGGGCACGCGCAGGUGUCCUAAGGGCUGCCCUCUUCCCUGGUCUUCCGAUUGCCGAGAUUUCCCGUGGUGAGACUUCAUCGUGCUCUCAGAGCUCAUUACAAAGUGUAGGCUUUGUCUUGUUUUUCAAUCCUGGGCGCUAUUCAUAGUGCCUGGCAUUGUGCUCAGUCAGUGUGUUAGAGAAACGAAGGGUUACAAUAUAUUCUCGCAGAAAUGGACUGUUCGGAGGAAAGGGAGUCUGAUUACAAGAGAGUCAGAAUAGAAUGGUGGAUUCGAAUCUCAGGGCUUAAGGGCCUCUAGGUCAGUCCUCUCACUUAAAGAUGAAAACCGGAGAGGUCAGCUGACUUGGAAAAGGUCACCUAGAGAGAUGGCAUCAAGCCAGGCACAGCAUCCAGCAUCCUGAGGUCCUGUCCCAUCCUUCCCAGUGCUCCCUCCUGUCCUCGCUCCCCGGUUGUUUCAUGGAGGUUGAGCUGACUUUGCAGGAUCAGUGACCAGAGCAUUUGAAGCCCCACGCGGUGCUUAACAGAGCAACGGAUGCAGAGGGGUUCUCAGGGAACGCUUGAAGAGAUUGUUGACUUAGUGAGUGAUUGCCUGGUUGACUUAGGAGCCCAGCACCUGUCUCUGUGCCUAAGUGGUUACUAGCUGAAUGGUGAGUUCCCUGGGCUUGUGUGGAUAUUACAGGCUGUGUUUUGGAAAGGAGAUCAUUACAGAAACAAUAAUGAUAAUAACAGUAACUAACAUUUAUUUGUGAUAAAUUAGGCAGGAUAUCCCUGUGGUUUAAAGUCUAGGCCCUGUGGUCAGAUGGUCACAGAAUCCCAGCUCCAUCACUUGCCUUGUAUAUAUAUAUAUAUAUAUGUAUAUAUAUAUAUAUGUAUAUGUAUAUUUUUUAGAUAUUGGGGGUAGGAGUUUAUUAAUUAAUUUAUUUACUUUUGCUGUGUUGGGUCUUCGUUUCUGUGCGAGGGCUUUCUCUAGUUGUGGCAAGCGGGGGCCGCUCUUCAUCGCGGUGCGCGGGCCUCUCACUAUCGCGGCCUCUCUUAUUGCGGAGCACAGGCUCCAGACGCGCAGGCUCAGUAGUUGUGGCUCACGGGCCUAGUUGCUCCGCGGCAUGUGGGAUCCUCCCAGACCAGGGCUCGAACCCGUGUCCCCUGCAUUAGCAGGCAGAUUCUCAACCACUGCGCCACCAGGGAAGCCCCUUGUAUAUUUUUAUGAGACAGGUGCUUUCACCUUUUGGCGCCUCAUUUUCUGUAUCUGCAAAAUGCCAGUGGUAAUAGUGCCUACCUCAGAGUAUCGCAGUUAACCCACUGAGGCCCUAGAACAACGCCAAGCACCUUGUAAGAAAGUAAUAAAUGUUAGCUGUUGUUAUUAAAAUAUCACUACUAUGUGUGCCAAAUUCAUUGCACAAAUUAUAUACUAUCCAGUCUUCCCAACAUCUCUGUGAGGAAGCUACUAUUACUGAUAUUGUCCCCCAUUUUACAGUUGAGUAAACUGAGGCUUUAAGUCACAGGUAAGACCCAAUUCCUUGUCUGCCUGACUCCAGAGCCUGUGCUUGGGUGUGGGUGUGAGGGAGAUGAGUGGUGUGGCUUUGAAAUGUGAGAUCUGACUUCCCAAAUUUCUUUUCCUCCUAGAGCACUGCAGACUCUGACCACUGUCAGGAAUAUCUCCGUGGAUUCCCAGGGCUUAUUCCACUAGAAGCAAGAUGGCUGAACUCAAUGCUCAUGUGAAUGUCAAGGAAAAGGCCACCAUGCUUUGAGGAAGCCCAGACUUAGCCCAUAAGGACCACGUGGAGAAGACCUGAGAAUAGUACAUGAAGAGAGAGAUGGCCAGCCGGACCUCAGCUGCACCUCCCCCACUAUACCAGCUGCUCUCUCUGCCUGCAUGAAAGACCCCAAGAUCUAUGCGGUUCGAUCAGUUGUUCCCAACAAAAGCAAUAAUGAAAUAGUUCUGGUGCUACAGCAGUUUGAUUUUAAUGUAGAUAAAGCAGUGCAGGCCUUCGUGGAUGGCAGUGCAAUUCAAGUUCUAAAAGAAUGGAAUAUGACAGGAAAAAAGAAGAACAAUAAGAGAAAAAGAAGCAAGUCCAAGCAGCAUCAAGGCAACAAAGAUGCUAAAGACAAGGCAGAGAGGCCCGAAGCAGGGCCUGUGCAGCCACCGCCGCCAGAGAUACAGAAUGGCCACGUCAACGGCUGUGAGAAGGACAGCUCAUCCACUGAUUCUGCCAGUGAAAAACCAGCCCUUGCCCCCCGUGAGAAAAAGAUCUCAAUACUCGAGGAACCUUCAAAGGCACUCCGUGGGGUCACAGAAGGCAACAGACCACUGCAACAGAAACUAUCCUUAGAUGGGAACCCCAAACCUAUACAUGGAACACCAGAGGGGUCAGAUGGCCUACACUGGUCAGCUGAGCAGCCUUGUAACCCAAGCAAGCCUAAGGCAAAAACUUCUCCUGUUAAGUCCAAUGCCCCUGCAGCUCAUCUUGAAAUAAAGCCAGAUGAGUUGGCAAAGAAAAGAGGCCCAAAUAUUGAGAAAUCGGUGAAGGAUUUGCAACGCUGCACCGUGUCUCUAACUAGAUAUCGCGUCAUGAUCAAGGAGGAAGUGGAUAGUUCAGUGAAGAAGAUCAAAGCUGCCUUUGCUGAGUUACACAACUGCAUCAUUGACAAAGAAGUUUCAUUAAUGGCAGAAAUGGAUAAAGUUAAAGAAGAAGCCAUGGAAAUCCUGACUGCUCGUCAAAAGAAAGCAGAAGAACUAAAGAGACUUACUGAUCUAGCCAGUCAGAUGGCAGAGAUGCAGCUGGCCGAACUCAGGGCAGAAAUUAAGCACUUUGUCAGCGAGCGUAAAUAUGAUGAAGAGCUUGGGAAAGCUGCCCGGUUCUCCUGUGACAUUGAACAGCUAAAGGCCCAAAUCAUGCUCUGUGGAGAAAUUACACAUCCAAAGAACAACUAUUCCUCAAGAACUCCCUGCAGCUCCCUGCUGCCACUGCUCAACGCUCACGCGACCACCUCUGGGAAACAGAGUAACUUCACCAGAAAAUCAUCCAAUCACAACAAGCCCUCCGAGGGUAAAGCAGCAAACCCCAAACUGGCGAGCAACCUUCCCAGCACCGCUGACAGCUCUCACCAGGCUGUGCCGGCUAAUAAGCAGAAUGGGUCUUCUAGCCAAAGACGAAGAUUUAAUCCACAGUAUCACAACAACAGGCUAAAUGGGUCUGCGAAGCCCCAGGGCAGUGGUAACGAAGCUGAUCCGAUGGGGAAGGGCAACAACCGCCAUGAACACAGAAGACAACCACACAACGGCUUCCGUCCCAAAAACAAAGGCAGCACCAAAAACCAAGAGGCCUCUUUGGGAACCAAGACCCCCGAGGCCGCAGCCCAUCCGGAAAAGCCCCGACGAAGGCAGCACGCUGCAGACAACUCAGAGGCCAGGCCUUUCCGGGGAAACGUCUCCAGGGUUUCACAGUGCAAUCUCUGCCCCACGAGAAUAGAAGUUUCCACAGAUGCCGCGGUUCUCUCCGUCCCAGCUGUGACGUUGGUGGCCUGAGCUAGGAGAGAAAAAAAAAAAAAAAGCCGUUUUCAUUCAGUUUCUGUUCCCUGCCCGAGGUGCUGACCCAAUUCGCUGCCAAAAGAGAGUCAAUCCGAAUAUACAAACCCUGUACGGCUGUGUCAUCCUCUCUUAAUCAUUUUUUCUAAUUCUAAUAAUCAGCUCUAGCUUGCUUCAUAACUUUCAUGGCUUUGCUUGAUAUGUUGGCGCUUUUUCUCAUCAAGACUUUGCAGCAUUUUAGCCAGGCAGUAUUUACUCAUUUGUUAGGAAAAUCAAGUUGUGGCUAAAGAUCAGAGGCUCAGUAGCAACCUAUGUUGUAGCAGUGAUGUCAGUCCAUUGAUCGUCUUUAGAGAGUUAAUGUUGAAAACAAAAUUCUUAUUGAUCAGACAAACUUGAUCUGCUGAAGACACGUGCGCUUUUCUAGAGUUUAACAUCUGGUGUUUUUCUGAAAAAUAUAUAUAUACAUAUAUUGCUUUAUUUGAAACAAAUUAAAAUAUGCUGCAUUUGA